GGACGGAGAUCACUGGGGACAGUCCAAGGACCUGGAACUGUUGCCAGCCUGGAGUGAGGCCAACCCAGACACAGCUGAGUGUGCUCAGGGCAGCAAAGGAGGUUCAGGAACAGAAAGACAUGGCCUGGGAAUUGACACCACUUCUGCUGCUUGUGGCCUUGGUAGCUGCCACGUCCAGUGCCCGGGACAGGACAAGCCUGCUCAAUGUCUGCAUGGAAGCCAAGUACCACAAGACAAAGCCAGGCCCCGAGGACAAGCUGUAUGGCCAGUGCAGUCCCUGGAGGAAGAACGCCUGCUGCUCAGUGAACACCAGCCAGGAGCUGCACAAGGACACCUCCCGCCUGUAUAACUUUAACUGGGACCACUGCGGCAAGAUGGAGCCUGAAUGCAAGCGCCACUUCAUCCAGGACACCUGUCUCUAUGAGUGCUCCCCCAACCUGGGGCCCUGGAUCCAAGAGGUGAACCAGAGCUGGCGCAAAGAGCGUUUCCUGGACGUGCCCCUGUGUAAAGAGGACUGUCAGAACUGGUGGGAGGCCUGUCGCACCUCCUACACGUGCAAGAACAACUGGCACAAGGGUUGGGAUUGGACCUCAGGAGUUAACGAGUGUCCAGUCGGGACCACCUGCCACACAUUUGAGUUCUACUUCCCCACACCUGCUGACCUCUGUGAGCGCCUCUGGAGUUACUCCUACAAGGCCAGCAACUACAGUCGAGGGAGCGGCCGCUGCAUCCAGAUGUGGUUUGACUUGGCCCACGGCAACCCCAACGAAGAGGUGGCGAGGUUCUAUGCUGAGGCCAUGAGUGGAGCUGAGGAGUGAGCCCUGCGAGACUGAGCCCCUCCUGCUCAGCCUGGCCCUAAUGCUUCUACUCUGGCUCACUGGCUGAGUCCAGCCCUGCUCAACCCUCCCCUCUGCCUGCCCUUAGCCUGGAUGACCAGGCUAGGCUUACUUCAGCUCCCACAGAUGAGGGAGCCCUACACAUGCCUCCAUCCAUUACCUAACCCUCCAUCCAUCACCCAGUUCCUGCUCUAAUGGUGGGGUUUGGGGUUCCCCAGCAGCCAGUUUUAAUAAAUAGAUGGACGU